CAAAAUUCUCUCUCUGUCCACGACGUCAACGACGCCUGUAACUUGGAAUGCUGAACCAUCUAACGCGCCAACCAUGGACUCGCCUGCGUCUGCAUAGAUAUUUCUCUUCCGUCGUCGAACACGUUUCCGAGUCCUACCAAGUCUGUGUCAUCGGCGCUGGGCAUGCAGGUUGCGAAGCGGCAGCAGCAGCGUCUCGCUCAGGCGCAAAAACGCUCUUGUUGACGAAAAAUGUGGAAAACAUAGGUGAACUUUCCUGCAAUCCGUCAAUUGGAGGCGUCGGAAAGGGAACUCUCGUUCGCGAAGUCGAUGCGAUGGACGGGCUGAUGGGUCGUGUUGCUGAUAUGUCUGGGAUAAUGUUCCGUAUGCUGAAUGCGACGAAGGGGUCGGCUGUUUGGGGACCACGAGCGCAAAUUGACCGCAAACUUUACAAGCGCCAUAUGAAGGAAGAACUCGCAAAAUAUCAGGAGAAUUUACACAUACGCGCUGCGGACGUCUUCGACCUUGUGUUCGACCACGAUCACAAUCCUGAUGCUGUAUGGGGGCGCAUUAAAGGCGUCAGGCUUGACACUGGGGAGAUUAUUCCUUGUUCCCAAGUCAUCGUUUGCACCGGAACCUUCCUUGGAGGAGAAAUACACAUUGGUCCAAAGACUUUCCCUGCUGGAAGAAUCAACGAAGACCCCUCUAUAGGCCUGUCCGGCUCGCUUCGCGCGGCUGGAUUCAGACUCGGACGCUUACAGACAGGGACGCCAGCUCGCUUGGAUGGAAAAACAGUAAAUUUCACGACACUCGACCGUCAGGACGGUGAUCAAGUCCCAGCUCCAUUCAGCUUUCUCAAUGAUACCGUACCAAACGCAAGCAACCAAAUACCCUGCUACAUGACUAGGACAAACCCGUCUACACACCAGAUAGUCAAGGACAACAUGCACCGCAGCGUUCAUAUACAGGAGACGAAGAAAGGACCCCGAUAUUGUCCAUCUCUGGAAGCCAAAAUUUUGCGAUUUGAUCGAGAUGCACAUACUGUCUGGCUAGAGCCUGAAGGUUAUGAUUCUGACGUAAUAUAUCCUAAUGGGAUCUCCUGCAGUCUCCCAGAGGAAGUUCAGGAACCGAUGAUGCGAACUAUCGAGGGCUUGGAGAGUGUUAAAAUGGUCAGACCCGCAUAUGGCGUGGAAUACGACUAUGUGGAUCCUCGAGAGCUCUUGCCCACCCUCGAGACAAAACGUAUCAAGGGCCUCUUCCUCGCGGGACAAAUUAAUGGUACAACUGGCUAUGAAGAGGCUGCUGCCCAGGGUAUCGUUGCAGGUAUCAAUGCGGGAUUGGCGGCCCUGCAACGUCCACCGUUCGUCCUUUCAAGGGCAGAGAGCUUCAUUGGAGUCCUCAUCGAUGAUCUCAUUGUCAAAGGAGCAGACGAGCCAUAUCGGAUGUUAACCUCGAGGUCAGAAUAUCGAAUGACGCUGCGACCUGAAAAUUCCGAUAUGCGGUUAACAGCCAAAGCAUACAAUGCUGGCGUGGUAUCUGACGAGCGUUGGCGGUCGUUCAGCCAGCUGCUACAGACGUACAACCAGAUCAUCGACGUCUUAAAAGGUUGUGUGCUCAGUACACAAGGCUGGAAGUCUCGAGGAUACACCGUUCCACUGGACGGCAAAAUGAGAAGUGCCUUUGAUUUGCUGCGAUACCAAACUAUAUCUUCUGCAGAAUUUAUCAAGGACAUUCCGUUGUUGGCCGAUACUGAUCCCAGACUGCUGGCGCGGAUUGACAUCGAAGGCCGAUACCAGCCCUUCCUAGCAAGACAACAAGCAGAUCUGCGAGACUUUAUGGUAGACGAGAGUCUGCUGCUUGAUCCUAUGAUGGACUACCUCACUGUGAAAGGAUUGAGUUCAGAGAUUCGGGAGCGGCUGUUCAAGGUUCGACCGACAACUAUCGGAGCCGCGAAGAGGAUGGAGGGGAUGACGCCGUCGUCGAUGGUGCAUUUGCUCAGACAUGCGAAACGGACCUUCCGUCGGGACCAAGAGGAGGGAAAGUUCAAUGAUGUGAAGGAUAUUGCUGCAUGAUAACGUCCCUCAUUUGCAC